UUUACCCUAGCAAUCUAAACGAAUAAAUGUGUCCACAAAUCCUCCAUUAACAAAUAGCCAUUACAACAUUUAAUAUCCAGCAUAUAUUACAUUAAUCAAUCAUCCAAAAACAGAAAAUUAGAUUAGAACUGUUCAGAUGGAAUAAAUCUCACAAAUGUUCAGCACAAAAGCACAACCAUUAAAUAAAUGUGUUUAGAUGACAUUUAGUGAUAUUCUUGUUAUUAUGGAGGCAUCUUACCCAUCCUCCCCUAAUAUGAAAUAGUGCAUGUUCAUUGACGCAUUUCUGUAAACUCAUAAAAGAGAUAUUAUAAGAAAAUAUGACCAGCUAUCACAAUUUUCCUUGACCCAAGGCAAUACCAUAUAUCACAGCUGACAUGUUUUAUCUGAAAUACGUUCCAGCUUUGAAGGCCUCAAAGAUCAGAACAUGAUUUUCUUCAUUCAAGGCCAGUUAGAUUCUUGUAGAACCAUGCAUGCCAAACGUCUGAUGGGGGGUAUAAAAACCCCCGAAUUGGUUUCGGUAGGUAGCCUGAAGUACCUGAACACACUUGAAUAUUGUGUAUACUAAUCUGAUCACCCCGAGAAACACCAUGAACAUUAAGUGGUUUGCUUCUUUAGCUAUUUUAAUUCUCCUCGAGACUUCCAAGACUGAGAGUCAAGAUGUACGAGUGAAGCUCUGUGGUCGUGAGUUCAUUCGGAUGGUGGUCACAUCAUGUGGGAGCUCUCGACUCAAACGGAAUGUGCUUGAUUCAGACUUUCACUUUGCAAACCCCCAUAGGAUCCUACAAAACUGGCUGGACAGAGAUCUCUUUGCACAGCAGAAAUGGACCCCGACUGCUGAGGACAAGCAGUGGCGGGAGCACAACGCCCCUGAGAGCGUGACAGAGCAUCCAGCCCCCUACCAGCGCAAGAGCCCACCAGCAGAGCUUCUGGAACACCCCACCACUGUGCAGGAUCUCAGCAUGUCCUCCAGGACCCGUCGUGAUGUCGGGCCAGCGGGCAUCUGCUGUACUUCUGGAUGUACCAUGAGUGAACUGAUUCAGUACUGCUAAGCUCAAACCAGAUCUCAGCUAUAGAUAGAUAUAUAUAGAGAGAUACACAUAUAUAUUAACACUUUACAUCAAGGUUUCAUUUGUUAGCAUUAGUUAUUUAGCAUAAACUAACAGUAAAAUAUAUUCUAAAGCAUUUAUUAACCUUAGUUAAUGUUAAUUUCAGCAUUGCUAAUAUUACAAUCAAAAGUUGUAUCUGUUAAUGUUAUUUAAUAGAACUGGACUAACAUGAAUUAAACAAUGAUUAUUUGUAUUUUUAUUAACUAACAUUAACAAAGAUUAAUAAAUAUUGUCAUUGUUGGUUCAUGUAAGUAACCUAAUGCUAACCAUUGGGAACUUAUUGUAAAGUAUUACCUUCAUUAUGAAUGUUGGUGCAGGAUGUAUGUAUGAAAUUGAAUGAAAAGAGUGUUGUUUUAUAUUUUAUAGUAUAAGCUUUUGAUUAUAGUUGAUCAGUUGUGAUAUGUUUAGAUAAAUAUUUUAUAAGGUUCAUAUGGCCUACAGAAAUUGACUGGUUAUUUGAUUGGUCAGUGAUUUCAGUAUGACAGAUGACACUGACAGGGAACUUUAUGCAAUUAAUCCAAAUAAUCAAAGAUAAUAUCUGGUAUAAUAAAUGUACUUUUUGAGAUAACUGAACUUGCAGGCUGUAUAUUUGAUCAGUGACACUAAAUAUAUUCUCAGAAUAAAGACGUAGUAAAUGU